GACUGGACAUGUUCAGAGAACAAAAAAAAUGGUCUCGCCGUUCGGAUUCUGUUGGACAAUUUGGACUGUUUCGACAAUAUUGGGCAAAAUUGUUGUUUCAGAGAACGACAUCUUUGUGGUUCCUCCUACCAUCGACCUACCAUUGCGUCAAGCAAUAACACUAGAACUAACACUAGCACCACAGUCGAACUUCUCCAUUCCUUGUCAUGCGCGGUACCCAAUAACCUGGAAACCGUUUCAGGGUUUUGUCGGAAGAAACGAAAUUAAUCACAUUGAAGAGGAGGGUGAAUAUUACGAAGAUCCUUGGUCUUACGACCGUCGAUACAUUAGUACAAUCCAUUUGACUAACGUGUCACAUCAUUUUGUGGGCUAUUUCUAUUGCGUGGCAAACAGUACCCAAGACAAUUACGACGAUUACGACUAUUCGUGGAGGUUGGAAGUUGAACAUGAAUUUUAUUACAAAAGAAAUUUAUAUUCAGUUAGUGGCCUAACAAACAUCUACAUAUUUGUUGAUGGUUCGUUUGUAGCGUCGUCAUCAAAUUGGGAUCGAUUUUGAUUUUCUUUGUAACGUAGACACUCAACAUUUGUUGGCACCGUUUGGCGUGCAAAACGGAAAAGCUGUCCAAUCGAUAGCCAUUUCCAUUGAUCAUGACUUAUUGUACCAUAUACCAUGUAAACCAACGUCAAAAAACGUCGACGUGAAUCUGAUUGAAGACGGCGAAAUGGUGAAAUUUUGUUUGAGUUUAAAAAAUUUCGUAACAUUAAUCUCAUCACACCCACUUCUUGGGUGUAAUGGAUACUCACAUGUUCUCUAUAAUAUGGGGUAGAAGGAAUUUUCACUAAAUUCACUAAAAAUGUGAUUGGAAUUUCUAAAAUUUUGCAGU